GCGCAUCACAUACCUCCACCACAUUCAAAUAGUUUGUUUCUUUUUCUCGGAAAACAUAAAUAACUUGCCCUCCGUUGUUGAUCGCGUUCACGUACGACAAAGACUGUUCAACUGAGUGACUUACAAAAAAGGGAUAUGGAGGAGAACAAGUUUAAACUGUCGUCGGUCGAAUACCAUGUUCACCAAUAGCAAGUCUAGUGUCCAUCGAUCGGGGUCAGGAUCGUCAGGUGAAACAUCGGAGGAUCAUUUACUAUUGUUUGAUUUUCAUCGAGCUUAUCCGUCAGCGGAUGAGCCAACAUUAGCCAGGCUGGAUCCUUAUCAGCAACAGCAAUCACACCCUACACCCAAUCAGCACCAACACCCGUUACAGCACCACCCUAUCUACCUGGCGCCCUCAUCAGUGACAUCCCAACAACAUCUCACUCGUUCUUCAUUUUCCAGCUCUUCUGGCCAAGCGCAGGGAUCGAGUCAACGGUUGGAUUUCCGGAAUCUUUUGCUGGCGCCACCGGCGGCAGCUCGCAACGCUCGCGACGGAAGAGGUAGUGUCAGCGCGCCGGCCACUCCGGUUGACGAUACUAGUGGUCUGGUUAUUGCCGCCUCCGCAAUUGCCACAGCUGCUGUGCCCCUCAAUUUCAGCGUUUCAUCAUCAAGUUCCAGCGGAAGCGGAAAGAACAACAGUGGUCUAGGCAAAUUCAUGAUGAAGAAGGUCAACUCUUAUUCGAGUGGGGCCGGCAUGGCUGGUUCCGGCACAUCCGAUUGCGUCCUCAGGGAUCUCAUCCAUCCGGCGCACGCCGACGCCCUCAAAGCCCACAGCGCCCUGGCCAUGAAACUUCUCAAAACCGUUUCUGAUUUUACUCAGCAAUUGGCUACCAUUGAAGAACAACACGGCGAACAACUUCAACAACUAGUCGAGACUUUUCGCAUCAGGAACGCCGAAUUGAGGAAAGAAAGACCGAAUGGCAACUACGGCCUCUUUCAAGUGUGGGAAACGCUGCUGCAGGAAGUGGAAGUGGAUUCGGCUGUGGUGGCCGAUAUUGCCAACUGCCUGAAUCGUCAGGUAUCACGACCCAUGAUUGACGGAACGUUUCAUCGUAAACUAGAGGCCCGUAAAAUCUUCCAGCAUCGCGAGCAGCUAGAGAAUGCUUUGGAAAAGGCGUCGCAACAACUGGACAAGAGUUACCAACUGUACGAUGAAGCUUACCAGCAACACCUGGCCGCGCCUAAUACGUUGACAUUAGCUGCUUACGUUGAGCUGCACAACAACUACGUGCAGGACGUUCACGCUGCCAAUGCCAUGGCCGACCAAUUUCACAACGUUAUCCUGCCGCAAUUAAUUCAGGAAUUGGAGUGCGUGUACGUUGACCUAAGCAAAACCAUGACCAAUACUAUACAACAAGGUUGUGAAGCCAUGUCGGAAAGGGCGGAAGGAACCUCAUCGAAACGUUACAAUGCCCUGGCGAAUCAUUGCCGGGCUGUCAACCCUCACGCGGAUUUGGCAACUUUCGUUCGUUCGGUGGUUGGUGGUAGUGGCAGCGGAAGUGGCGCAGGCACCGGCGGUGGAGGCGGAUCGGUGCUAACUAUUCCGAGCUCGUUCAACAAGUUCACGUUCAUACCACCGAGAAAUCCUCCACCCGGCAGCGUAUCAUGUUCGCAGCACGAUAUUCAGGACGCGUCGUUAGUGCUGAAAGACGAAUUGGUUUUCGAUCGACUGGCCGGCUUCUCUCUACGAACCAAAUACGAGUCGCUCAAGAAGGACACGGCCGAGGUGGAGGCGCACGUACGCCAGUUAAUCGAAUGUCUCGAAUCGCUGACGCGCCUUCAGCAGCGGAGUUUGGAGUCAAACUCGUACAACAAAGCCAACGAGCUGCAAGAGGAGAUCUGCGCCAAGAAGUUGGAAUGGCGGAUGGCCCAGCUCCACCUCGCCGCCGUCAAAGCUCAGCGUGACUUGUACGGAACCAAAGCUGAAAUGGUGAUGGCGGAAGUGGCAGCCGCCUCCGGAGGCUCGCAUCAAUCGCUCCAGCAACUAAGCAGCCGAGGCAGUAAGUUUAACCUGAUGGCUGGCGGAAGCGGAAGUGGUGGAAGCGGUGGUACAGGCAUGAAAACCAAGUGGAUGAAAGCGUUUAGGACGUUGACCAGCAGCUCGUCCUCACAAAACGUGACCGUUCCAGGAUCGGCUUCUUCAACUACUGGAUCAAGUCCGCCUCUUGUCAACAACAACUCUGUUGCUACCGAACAGGGAUCUCGACUCUAUCAAGCAGUCAUGGCCGUGAUUGCUCUCAGGAAAAGCCCCAGUUCUUCGAGCAGCAAAUCAGAGCGGCAGCAACAGCGCUCCAGCGUGUCGUCAACAGUGGCAGCCGGUGCAUCAGGAGUCUUUCAUUCGACCAUAUCAUCGUCGGAUCUCCUUCAACAUCAUCAUCUAAUGCAGAAUCCCGACGGCCAGCGUCACGUUUUCCAGGAGAACACGUACAAGAAGAUAACACCGUGCGACGUCUGUUCCCAAGUUCUAAGAGGCCAUUCGCGUCAAGGAUGGAAAUGCCGACUGUGCAAGAUCAACGUCCACGCCGAUUGCAAGACUGGAGUUGGCCGUUGUUUGCCGAAAUCGCGACUGCUGAGACGCCAGAAAUCCAGUUCGGAAUUGGAAACGACAGCAUCACAGCGGAUUCAGGCUGUCAAUUAUGAAUCGCAGUAUCAGUUCCAGCAAGUACAAUCACAACAGCAGCAACACACUGAGGACGAGACGAUGCAAGGCGAGGACGGUACAAUAAACUUCGGCCGUGAAGAAAUCGAUCAGACGUACAUUGUGCUGAAACAAGCGAGCGAAAUGGCCGUCUCAUCCAGCACGGCUAACGUCGGCGGUGGUAGCUGUAACCGGAGACCGCAACAUCAUCAACAGCAGCAACAGACGUCGCAAUUGUCUUCAUCAUUGGAACAACCGCAACAGCCAAACGUCUCGGCCAGCGAUCAAUCAUUAGGCAGCAGCACGGGAGCAAUCAACCGGUCGGCGGGUGUCAUGCGUAUUAACACGUCAUCCACUCAGCUGCAACCGGGCACGUCGUCAUCAUCACGGAGAGCCAAUCCCAAUUCACUCAGCGUCGGAGAUCCUUCUGCCUCUUUCCUUUCGUCGAGUUCAGCGCCGCACAGUCCGCGCCGUCACCAGAAGCUCAACUUGCGGAUGAAGAGUUUCUCUUUGGACGAGUCGGGCGAGCAUUUCCACCACGUCGGAGGCGGAAUGGGCGUCGGAAGCGGACACCAUUCGCACGGCCAUCCGCACGGUCACCACCGUCUCACCCAGCACCGUUCGUCCAAUCCGACGGCGACGACGACCAGCAGCAGCGGGACGCUCAACAGCAACAGCGCUCACAACAGUCAGGCGUCGUCCUACUGUCAAUCUCCUUCGAGUCCCGUGCACCACAGUCGCCGUUUGCUGCUGAGUGCAAGGAACAUAAGGAUGAACUCGGUCGAAUUGCCGGACGAAAACGAAAAAUCGCAGAGCUCGGCCAGCGCUUCUCCAUGUCCCUCGCCCAAGGCACAGAGGCUUUUGCCCACCAAUCUCUACGUUGUCCUCUUCAAUUUCAAGGGCAGAGAAGCGGACGAACUCGAUCUCAAGGCUGGCUACAAGGUGACAGUGAUCGAUGCAAGCGAUCCCGACUGGUGGCGAGGAAAGUGUUUGGGAAAGAUUGGCUUCUUCCCAUCAAAAUACGUGGCCAAAUUGGCGCCCAACGAGAAACCACUUCAGGUGACGCACAACUUGCAACUCGGAGGCAACGACGACGCGACAGAUUCCGAUCCGAAUCGUCUCACCAAAUUACUACGGGAUCAGAUUGUGAUACAAAUUGGCGAAGAGCAGAACGGGAUGAUCACUGUUCGCAAUGGUGACAAUAAACAAGGAUCCUGCCCAACUCAAUAUUUACAAGAAGUUUGAAAGAAUCAAAGAUAAACUCGUAGAAAAAAUGAAAUCUGCACACGAAACCAGUUUUAUUUCCAUACCAUGACUCGUUUAGACCGUAGUGGCAGAAGCAAAAGAAAAAUUAUAUAUUGGAAAUGUAUAAGAAACUGGUUGAUUUUGUUUGGAAUUGUUCUAUCGACGCGGGACAAGGUGACAUGCUAACGGGAGGCAGUAUUCCCCAGUAACGGAUAUCUUCAAUUUGAUGGAGAAAUUUGUUAGCGAACAUGACGCUGCGUUUCGAAAGUAACUCACUAAUUUAUUAUGUUGCUUUACCCGCAAUUUCCAUCCUAAUCAAAUUUCACGUAAAAAAUUAAAAGUUCCUUUAUUCACGAAGUCAAUGGCAACAUUCUGGAACUUUAUCCCCCCCCCUUCCAACCUGAGUCUUUGCCCUUAAUUUCUUUUAGGAAAUAUUCGUUGUUUUAAACACAUUGCCCUCAGAGCACCAAAAUGUAAUUUACAAAACCUAUAUUACCUGUUAUAUCAUAGAUGUUCAUCGUACCAUAAGACAGUUAUACCUCCUAGUCCAAUCCUAUUAAAACCGAUCCAGCCUUUAUAAUUUGACAAACGCCUCAUCCCUUUGACUGUGACCAUGUAAUGGCAAGGUAGAAGCUAAAUUGAUUAAUAUGAGCCCUCUCCCCACACGUUGAGAGUGAUCUUGUACACUAAGUCGCCCUUAUAUACCUAUUUCCAUGUCUUUGUUCGUUCUCGUCCAAUCACGCACUGUGUUCUUACCCCAUUGCUCCGAUCAGCAGC